AUGAAUAAUUAUACUUAAAAAGAAACAACUUGCUUUGAUUCAGAAAUAUAUGAUUAAGAUAUAUAAGAAUAUGAGAUAGAUAACUGGGAUUAAAGAGAAUUUAAGAUAAUGAAAACGAAUAUCUAAAUUUUAUUUAAGCAAAACCAUAAAAUAAUUUAUUCAUAAGAUGGGGAUUUGUUGAGAGUGUAAUUUUUAAUAAUAUUAUAAAAAGGGAAUAAAUUAGUGAUAUGAGUAUAAAUGAACAAAUUGUUAAGAAUAUUGAACAAAUAAAAAAUCUAAAGAGGGAAGACAUAUAAGGAGACAAUAUGAAAAAAAAUAGUAAGUGGAUAGCGUCAUGGGAUGGAGAAAUAUUAAUUGAUGUAGGUGGAUACUUUAAUGAAGGAUAAAAACACGGUUUAUGGAUUGAAUUAAUUACAAAUUAUUGGAGGUAUAUUUAUAUUAUAGAAUUCAAAAAAGCAGAGUUAAAGUAUAUGAAUUAGGGGAAUACUUAAAUGAUAGGAGAAUUGGAUUUUGGGAAUAUAUCUAUAAAAAUAAUUGCAUGUAUUCUUCUUGAUUAAAUUUAAGUGGAGGUGGAUCUUACAAUAAUUUAGGUUAGAAAAAUGGAAAAUGGAUUGAAUUGAGUGAUAGAUUCUUGGAUGGUUCACAAAUAACCUAUAAUGGACAGUAUAAUAUGUAAGGACAAAAGGUUAAUAUAUGGGACAUCAAAUAUAUAAGGAAUGAUUAAUAAUAAUUAUUGUAACAAUAUUCUAAUUAUAUUAGAGGAGGUAGACUAUAUGAUUAAAAAGAAGGAUUAAAGAUUGGAAAUUGGGUUGAAUUAAGUAAUUCUUUUAAUAUGUAUUCAUAAAUCAUUUAUAAUGGUGAAUAUAAUUUAAAAGGCAAUAAGAUUGGUAUAUGGAAUAUUAUGCUUAGAAAUAAAGAUUAAUUUGAAUAAAUGUAAAAAUACUUUAGAUUAAGUUAGUGGUGGUGGUUCAUAUGAUGAUCAAUAAGGAUUGAAAAUUGGAAAAUGGAUUGAUUAAAUGAUUCCUUUAACAUGUAUUCUUAAAUCACUUUUAAUGGUUAAUAUAAUUAGAAUGGUAAAAAGUUUGGUAGAUGGGAUAUUAUGUUUAAAAAGAAUAAUAAAUUUUAAUAAGUGUAAAAAUAGUUUAUACUAUAUUAGUGGUGGUGGUUUAUAUGAGAAAGAAGGAGGUUAAAAAGUUGGUUAAUGGAUUGAGCCUAGCGAUAAUUUUAAGGAGAAUUAACAAGUUACUUAUAAUGGUGAGUACAAUAUGAAUGGCAAAAAGAUUGCUAGAUGGAAUAUUAUGUAUAAUGACAGGAUUAUGAAUACCUAAAUGUAAUUUAAAGAGAAAUGA